AUGAGCACAGAAGGCGAAACAGUAGAACAGAGGCCGAGGACCGCAAUCCUCUCCGUCUAUGACAAAACCGGUCUCCUCGACCUCACUAAAGGUCUUCGAGACAAUGGUAUCCGCCUACUGGCCAGUGGUGGUACUGCUCGAAUGAUCCGUGAGGCCGGCUUCGAUGUCGAGGAUGUUUCCGCUAUCACUCACGCCCCGGAGAUGCUCGGUGGCCGUGUCAAGACCCUUCACCCCACAGUUCACGCCGGAAUCCUCGCCCGAGACCUCGAAUCCGACGACCGAGAUCUCCAGGAGCAGGGAAUCGACAAGGUCGACUUUGUAGUCUGCAACCUUUACCCUUUCAAGGAAACAAUCAAUAAGAUCAAUGUUACCAUUGAAGAAGCCGUUGAGGAAAUUGAUAUUGGUGGAGUCACUCUCAUCCGUGCCGCUGCCAAAAACCACUCUCGCGUCACUAUUCUCUCCGAUCCAAGGGACUACCCUGCUUUCCUCGAGGAGCUUCAUUCCCAAGGCGGAGUCCAGGAGUCCAGCCGCAAGCAGUAUGCUUUGAAGGCAUUCGAACACACUGCCGACUACGAUGCCGCUAUCUCCGAGUUCUUCAGGAAGAAGUACGCCGGUAAUGGUGUUCAGCAACUUACUCUCCGUUACGGCGCAAAUCCACACCAGAAGCCUGCUCAGGCCUACACUCCUCUUGGAAACCUCCCAUUCAAGGUUCUUGCCGGUGCACCGGGAUAUAUCAAUCUUCUCGACGCUUUGAAUGCCUGGCCGCUCGUCAAGGAGCUUAAGCAAAGCUUGGGUCUUCCCGCCGCCGCUUCUUUCAAGCACGUUUCCCCAGCUGGUGCGGCAGUUGGUGUCCCACUAAGCGAUGUUGAAAAGAAAGUCUACUUCGUCGAUGACAUUGUUGGAAUCGACGAAAGCAAGGUCGCAACCGCUUACGCCAGAGCUAGAGGAGCAGACCGAAUGAGCAGUUUCGGUGAUUGGAUCGCGAUAAGUGACGAAGUUGACCUCCCAACCGCCAAGAUUAUCAACAGGGAAGUCAGCGAUGGUAUCAUUGCUCCAGGAUAUACACCCGAAGCCCUCCAGAUCUUGAAGGCCAAGAAAGGCGGUAAAUACACAAUCCUAGAGAUCGAUGAGUCCUAUAUUCCCGGUCCCGUCGAAACCCGUACUGUUUACGGUGUCACCCUCUCCCAGCAGCGUAACGAUGUUAAAAUCACCUCUCGAACUUUCUCUAACAUCCACACGCCCAACGCCGAACCCCUCCCGGAGUCCGCCCUCAUCGACCUUACCGUCGCCACUAUCGCUCUCAAGUUCACCCAAUCGAACUCCGUCUGCUAUGCCAAGAACGGUAUGGUUGUUGGUCUCGGUGCCGGUCAACAGAGUCGUAUCCAUUGUACCCGUCUCGCGGGUGAUAAGGUUGACAACUGGUGGAUGAGACAGAACCCCAGAGUUUUGGCAUUGAAGUGGAAGAAGAGCACAAAGAGGCCAGAGAAGAGCAAUGCGAUUGAUUUGUUGGUCACUGGACAAAUCCCCGAGGAUGGACCGGAGAAGGUUGCAUUUGAAGGUGUGUUCGAGGAAGUUCCAGAGGCUUUCUCGAAGGAGGAGAGGAAGGAAUGGAUGGCGCAGUUGGACGGCGUUGCUUGCUCCAGUGAUGCUUUCUUCCCAUUCUCGGACAACGUCUACAGGGCUGCAAAGUCGGGAGUCAAGUACCUCGCUGCACCGGGAGGAUCAGUCAACGACAAGGUUGUUCAGGAUGCAGCUGAACAGUGUGGAAUCACUUUUGUCGAGCAGAGCACAAGAUUGUUCCAUCACUAA